AUGCCAGCAUCAACCCCCACGCCCAUAAAAUAUCCCGGUCGUAGAAUCGGGUUAGCCACAAUGGUAGCAGCGGGUUUCGGGUACUACUUGUACACGAAAUCCCGGGCAAAACAUGGACGGCUGAUACAACCUGAGGAACGAGAGCGGUACCAUGCCAAAGGACCACCACAAACAACAGAGGGCAGCGGAAAAUCUGCUAGGGCAAAGGAUAUUCCGUGA